AUCUUUUACCGUGCCAUCCCUCACGGUCACUAGUCCCAAACGUUUCAGUGAGCAGCCCCUUCAAUGUCACGUUAGUUGUUUAUAAAACAGUUGUAGGCUGAAUGCCAACGUGUUUGAGUUACUAAAACAUGUUUAAAUUUAACUGUGUUUUAUUUAACUCCGCCAGCAUCGUAUGUCGACAGUUUGUCGCCUCGCUAAAUGGAAACGGAACGUCUCUAGUUGGAAGUAGAGGGACUCCGCUGCAGAGAACACUGUUUAGCAGUGCGGUGAGACACCAGGAGGCAGAAGCCUCCGAAACAAAGUCUGGCAAAGAAUUCAGCUUUUAUCCUCCUAUGCCUGGCCAAGACAGCGCACUGAGCUGGGGCGGAAAGAAGUUUGACGAGUUACCAAUAGUUCACAUUAAAGCCACGUACAACAACACACACAUCCAGCUCAUAGACAGCACAGGACAGCCCAUGGUCAGGACAUCCUGUGGCACAGAGGGCUUCAAGAACAUCAAGAAGUCCACGCCCAUCGCUUCUCAGACUGCAGGAAUCUCCGCUGCUGCUAAAGCCACGGCCAAGGGAGUCACGUUUGUUCGGGUGGUGGUCAAAGGUCUGGGUCCUGGACGUCUGUCUGCCAUCAAAGGCCUGGCCAUGGGAGGCCUGGAGGUGGUAUCCAUCACCGACAACACCCCCGUGCCACACAAUGGCUGCCGUCCACGUAAAGCCAGGAGGAUGUGAUGUCUGGGCCAACGUGCAUGUGUUGUGUAACUCUGGCUCUGAGCUGAACCACAGGAGGCAGUGUUGGGACAUGUAAUUGUAGCUCAUGAGACGCCCUCUGCUACUGUCCACCUUCCAUGUCCCUGCAGCUCCUCUGGUCACCGUCAGCUGUCUGAGGAACAGGCCUGGAACUGUAUUUGGUCCUUUUGUGUGUUUUCACUUUUUUUUUACUUGAGCAGAGUCAAGUCAGGUGUGUAAGUUAAUGCAUCUGUAAGUCCAGAAGGUCUUUAGGAAAACGUAUGUUAAUGAUUUGACAAAACCGUUGCCUUUUUCCACACAUCAGCACGUGUUGUCCAUCAUUAAACAAGGCCUAAAUAAAAUGCUUGUUUUAGAAAACAAAAUCUGUAAAA